UUCAAAAAGAAAACGCAACGACGCAUCGCUCGGCGGACGCCUUUAUGUUUACCAAUAAAAUUUUCUCCAUAAAUCGGUCGUGAAUUUCUUGAACCAUUGCCUUUUAUUUAUUACGUUUGAGUUCGUUUAAAGCAGUGCAAUGAUAUAUUUCUAAUGUGUUAAACGAAUGUUUCUUGAUACUGGUUAGAACAUUGCGUGUGAGUUUCACAGAUUGGACACCGGAUAAGGAAGAGAAAAACCGACGAUGUUGGACAAUUUCGCCGAACGGAUUGAGGACUACGAAGUGUACGAGCUUCUGGGUAAGGGUGGCUUCGCCAGUGUCUACCGAGCAAAAUGUCAACGGACCGGGCUUUGCGUGGCGAUCAAAAUGAUCGACAAAAAACUGAUGCAAUCGGCCGGCAUGGCCAAUCGUGUUCGUCAGGAGGUCAGCAUCCACUCUCGACUGAAACAUCCUUCGAUUCUGGAGCUGUUUACCUUCUUCGAGGACGUCAAUCAUGUCUAUUUGGUACUGGAAUUGGCCGAGAACGGAGAAUUGCAGCGGUAUCUGCGUGAGACGAAAAAAACCUUCAACGAAUACGAAGCAGCCUCGGUUCUUAAACAGGUCGUAGAUGGUUUACUGUACCUGCACUCGAACCACAUUCUGCACCGAGACAUGUCCCUGGCGAACCUUUUGCUCACUAAGCAGAUGACAAUCAAAAUAUCAGAUUUCGGUUUGGCCACACAGCUUUCUCGACCGGACGAAAAACAUAUGACGCUGUGCGGAACACCUAACUACAUUUCCCCGGAGGUAGCAUCUCGAGCAUCUCACGGGCUUCCGGCAGACGUUUGGGGUCUUGGCUGUAUGUUGUAUACUUUUCUGGUCGGUAGACCUCCAUUCGAUACCGAUGGAGUAAAAUCUACCCUUACUAAAGUAGUUAUGUCGGGCUACGUUAUCCCGUCACACAUCUCUCAGGAAGCACAAGACCUCAUUGAUCGAUUGCUGAAGAAAAAUCCUGCCGAACGGAUAAAACUGAACGACGUCCUUCAGCACCCUUUCAUGCGCAAAGCUAACCCUCUAGAUAAAAAUCACUCCAACACUCUGGCCUCAACCGACAGUGGAAUUCAUACCAUUUCCAGCGGUGCCACCCGGUCCAAUUUCAGCCAAGACCGUGGCUAUCCGCCAAAUCAGAUGCCCCUCCGCUAUCAGCCGAUCAGUGAACACGAACAAGACUUCCAAGAGAGCGUACUUCUACCGCGACCACAAUCCGCUGUCCAGCAGCCGAAGCAAACUUCCGAUUUCUUCUCCGGGUACAGCCAGCAGGAACCACGGUACGGCCUGCCUCCAGUUUCGCACCAGCAACAGCUGCAACUGAACCAAAUCUCGCUGCUGCAGCAGUUCAACAGUAUGGAGCUGAUGGAAAAGUACAACAUCAACAAGGCCGAAAUCGUCAGUGUUGGUCGAUCGGCUUCGACGGGUAGUUCCGGGCUGUUGCAACCGCAGUUUUCGCAGCAACAACAGCAGCACCCUCAAAUUUCGCUGCUAAACUCCCGGCCUAAAUCGGCUUCCAUUUCAAUGCUUUAUCACAUAUCGGCCGAAGCGCAACAUUCGAAGCGACACGAUGGUGGUAAGGAGAAUGUAGCAGCCAACAGUGGGACCCGGGAGAAUUACGGAGGAACACCACCGGUCCAAACGGUUGGUCAUGACUUUCUUGAUCGUUUUCAGCCAAGAAACAAUCAUCACCAGCCGCCGACCUCCCCAAGACAUAGUCCAAUGAAGCCUCCCCGAAAAAGGCUCGAAAUACCGCCACUAAACACCGCUCGUUUGCUUCCGAACAGGCACAAGACGAAAAAUGCGAUUCUUAGCAUACAACCCGGUGGAGAAGUGGUGCUUGAAUUCAUCAAACACAAGGCCCGUUAUCGAGAGGAUCGGGUUGUGGACGUUUGCCGAAUAUCGGCCGAUGGAUUGAGGUUCGUGUUGUACCAUCCGGGUGAUGGGGGGAAAGGUGUAUCGGUAAAAGACGAACCGCCCGAUUUACCCCCGGGUGGUGCGGACAGUAUCUUCAGCUACGAAAGCCUACCGGAGAAGCACUGGAAAAAGUACAUGUACGCAGCUCGUUUUGUCCAGAUGGUUCAGGCUAAGACCCCGAAGAUAACAUACUACAGCGAUAGGGCCAAGUGCCAGCUGAUGGAAACACUCGAGGAUUUCGAAGCGUGUUUUUAUAGUGGGACAAAAAUUGUAAAAUCCACCCAAGAAGGAACGAAAAUUGUAGAUAGCUAUGGAUCUACUGUAAAAGAUCUGACGAAUUUGAAUGCAUCACUAUCGCACGAUUAUAAUCAUUUUAAGCUCAGUUUUGAACAUUGCCUCAACAUCGAACGCGCUCUUUCAACGGUUAACAGUGGAAACACCUUCCCUCUCAUCAUCGGACGACGGCCAACGAGCGGAACUUCUGCCGGAAUUACCAAAGCGAAUCAUCUGCUGUCCAACAUUUCAGCGCCGCAGACCCCAAUGACGCCCAGCCAGUUGCCUUCCUUCGCCAUGUCGGUUAACUCUCAAUCAUCUCAACAGCACAAGCGACCGGUGUUAUCCGUUAAACCACCGAGCCAUAACUUCUCCAACGUGGCAGUUAAAAAAUGCGCUAUUCCGGGCAUCGGGGUCGCAGUCGAACUAUCGCAAGGGGUCAUUCAGGUACAAUUUGCUGACGGAGCUGCUCUGGCGCUGAUUCCAUUGGAACAGGGCGGCGGUGUUACGUUCUCCCCUGGACCGGGCAGUCCACUGCAGCACUACGCCACCGCCGAACAGGACGAUCUGCUGCCCCCGUUGCUUCGAGAGAAAAUCGAACUGAUGCCAACGGUUCUGCGGGAACUGCAUGCCGCACCCGCCCCUUCAAUACCGUUCAAUUUCCUUGGUGGUUCGUCGGGAGACAGUCCACGGACGCCCUUGACUAGGUUUUUGCGGUGAUUUCGAGGUGCUUCCGGAAGCACGCGUUGUGUACCCAGUUACUCGUUGCGUAAAAUCUGAGCCUGUUAAGUUGACCUAUUAGUUGUGCUCUCUAUCUCUAGGGUAGGAUUAUGCUUGUUACGUCAGUUGAGGUUGUAGAAAAUUUAACCCAUUUUCUAGUUGAGCUGUACUAAAUUAAAAACCAUUAUCUUUGCCGAAAUCCGGUUUCAAUAUUUUAUUUGUAAGAUAAGACUGACCAGAAAAGCGAAAUAUAUAUUUUAUAUUCAAAAUAAUA